GAGUGGGAGAAGGAAGGUCUUGGCCGGCUAUGGGUGUGAUUAUCUGGAUAGCAGAGAGGAAGGGUUGGGAAGAGCUGUGAGGCAAGAGUCUGUGGUGUUUACAGGGAAAUCAGUUGGUCAUGUGUUCCCUGCAUCCCCAAGGAGCUGCCACAUCCUGAGGAAGGACAUUCGAGUGAGGCCUUCUCUGUGUGGCAGUUCAGUGAAGCUAGCAGGAGGGCAUCUGGGUCCACCCUAAAGCCCCCAACCUGGUGGGGGACACGGGCCUCACCUAAGCCUCCCAAAUUAGGAGCCCCUUUCUGGGAAUCCAUGGACCUACUGGAAACCCUCAAAUGACAAGAAACUAAGGGAGAAACUUGGGGAGGAUUGACUGGGAGAUGGUCUGGGGUCAGCUGGGCACAAAAGAGCUCCAAAUACACAUUGAUGAACUGGCAGUCAGCAGGGAGGGAGGGCAAAUUAGGGCAGAUAACUAGGAGGACAGGCGUGUGGAUCUCAGUAUAGGGCCAGAGGGGGUCUAGAAAAUUUGAAGGUGGGGGGAACACUUGCCCGGCCCCCACCCCUGUGCUCAGGAUCUCAGUGUCCCUCCCCUACCCCUCUGGCUCUGACCCAGGGAUGCUUCCGCUCCACUGAGCCCAUCUGCUGGAGACUUACAUGUUCCUCUUUUGCGUCUUGAAGUCAGAGGGCAAAGUGCAGUCACAGAGAGAGCACUGAGCCUAAGACUGAGGGACAGAGAGCAGGCAGGGGGGGCUUGGGGUGGAUGAGAGGGGAGACAGGUGGGGCAAAGGUGCUGAGGACAAUGGCUGAUGCCAUCACCUAUGCAGACCUGCGGUUUGUGAAGGCUCCCCUGAAGAAAAGCGUCUCUGGCCGCUUAGGACCAGAUGCGGAGGCCUACGAGGACGGGGAUGGGGACGGAGACCUCACCUAUGAGAAUGUUCAAGUGCCUACAGUCCCUGGAGGGGUGGGCUUGGCUUCCUCUGGGGUAGGGGACAGAGCAGGACGCCCGCCUUCCGCAGGGGUCAGUUCGGAGCAGAAGACUGCGUCCUGGAUCUUUGCAAAGUCGCCGGCUGUCGCGCGGAUUCUCUCCUGCCCUGCCUCCUGCUUGCAACACCUCCUACUUGGCCUGCUCCUCACCUGCCUGCUGCUAGGGGUGGCCGUUAUCUGCCUGGGAGUGCGCUAUCUGCAGGUUUCUCAGCAGCUCCAGCACAUGAACAGAGUUCUGGAAGCCACUAACAGCAGCCUGAGGCAGCAGCUCCACCAAAGAAUAGCUCAGCUGGGGCAGAAGGAAGAGGACCUGCAGGAGUCCAGUAAAGAGCUGGCUCAGAGUCAAGAAGCACUACAGGAGGAGCAGAGGGGUCACCAGGCUGUCAAGGAGCAGCUAAACAGCUGCCAGGCGGAUAGGGAGAAGACCAAGGAGGCCUUGCAAGAGAAAGAGAAGCAGAGGGAAGCCUUGGAACUGAGGCUGAGGACCAUGCACAACAUACUGAAGCCCUUCUUCACAUGCCCCUCAGAAGACACCUGCUGUCUGAUGGGAUGGACACUGCAUGAGAAGCGCUGCUUUUACUUCUCACCAACUGAGAAAACUUGGGAAGAGAGCCAAAACCAUUGUACAUCUCUGUCCUCCAAGCUGGCCACUUUGGGUCAACGUAAUCAGUAUUUAGCACUCCCCAGCAGCUUUGAUAAAUUAUUGUCAGAUGGUGGCGCAGAUACAUAUUGGAUUGACCUCAACACUGAUAAUGUCCGGCAGAUGACUUGGUCAAAUGAUCGCUCAAAUUACUGGUAUUCUUCUCAAACCAAAAACUGUGCCAAAGUACAAAAACUGGAAUGGAGAUCAAGAUGGCAGAUAGCAAGAGACUGUACACAGUCUUUUCGGUAUAUCUGUGAACUGGCAGCUUUCAAGUUUCCAGACUGGGAUCACUCUUUGCAGUGAGCUGGAAUGCAUUGCCAACAGACCUUGUGACUCCCAUCCCUAACCUGUGGCCCGUUACUCCCGACGUCAUCAUCAUCCCCGGCCCUCCUUCAUUCUGGGCAGUGGUCAGCCAAGCGCUGAUCCACCCUGACACUUCUAGUCAGCCAAUGGCCUGCUUGGAACCCAGGCAGUUCCUGGGAAGAGGGUGAAGAAGUCUCUGGAAGGGACCCUGGCCUCCCUCAGGAACCUCCCAUACUGGAAAUGGGUGGGGAGGAGGGUGCAUGGGCUGAGUAGAUGGGGCGGC